GUUCCUUCUUCUUCUUACGGAAGUGAGGGUAGCGACGCAGCAAUGGCAGCGACCUUGUACACAGCAUGCCUUUCCUAAAACUGUAAUUAGUUACCUGCUUAAAAUGCACGUUUACAGAGCGCACGGAGGUAAAGUUUGGCAUUUAUAGUGUCAAGAGUAACACGAACAUCAUGCUCUCAUUCAUCAAGGCGGCCGUCGGAGGAUUCACCGGCAUCUGUAGAGCCCACGGUCACCAAGGUUCUUUGAACAACCAUUUGAAAGUCCUCACUGCUGGACUGAAGACGUAUGACAUACCUCCUGACUUCAGCGAUGUGGUUUUGCCGGAGAAACCAAAACUGAAGUUUGUGAACAAAGUGCCAAACUUAAAAAAGGCAAAGAAAGAGAUGAAGAAGCUACGUGAUAUCCAAGGGCCAGCUAGGGCAGCUAAUACCUUCACGACAGGACAGUAUGCUAUUGUGGCCUUGGGAGGUGGUUACCUUCAUUGGGGACACAUUGAGAUGAUGCGUCUCACUGUCAACCGCAAGAUGGAUCCACGUACAACAUUUGCCCGUUGGCGAAUCAAUGGCCCAUAUAAGCCGAUCACACGUAAAGGUCUGGGUCAGCGCAUGGGUGGGGGCAAAGGAGCCAUUGACCAUUAUGUGACACCUGUCCGCUACGGCCGUCUGAUCUUGGAGGUCGGAGGGAAGGUGGAGCUGGGGGAGGUUGAGCACAUCUUGAUUGAAAUAGCAAAGAAGCUUCCUUUCCCUGCCAAGGUCAUGAGCAGAGAGAGCCUAGAAGUGAUGCACAAGAAGCAGGCUGAUAUGGAGCACAACAACCAGAACCCGUGGACCUUCAAGCAGAUAGUGCAAGGCAACAUGCUGGGUAGUAGAAAGGUGCUCAGCCCCUUUGACCUGCGCAAUCAUGGACGCUUCACAGGCAAAUUUCACCUCCCGGGGAGGGUGUAACCAUGCGGAACGGACUGAAACAAUUUCCAUGUCAUACUGUGACACCAUCCAGGCCACACUGUUAAAUAAACCACCAUAAUCUGGUUCUAACUCUCAGUCAUAAUUGGAAAUGUUUUCCAUGUUUGUUUGUUUUGUUUUUUUUCACAUAAAACAUGAGUAAAUUUGAAAUAUGUUAAAGGGAAGAUUUUUCUCUUUCUGCUUAAAAAAAACUACUCAAUAUAUAUUGUGUUUUCAUCGUUGAUUUCAUGGCAUAAGAAUUGUGACUUUACAAGUUCAACAGUUUUCAUUUAGCUGAGAACAGGUUAAACACAAAUAUGCACCAAAAAAAAAUAAAAUAAAGUUUUACAAUUGCACACCAUGUAUACUAUAAAA